GGUAUUUAAUGUAUAUAAAAAUUAUCAUUUAUUUUUGUUCCAGGCUAAUUUUAUAGCACUUGACCUUGAAGUGGUUGUAGACACAUUUUUAAAAUGCAGAAGUGGUUUCUGUCUGAAUAUGUAGAACCGCUUGAAGGGCUUCACAGGCUUUUGGAAGUUGACAGGGUCACUGUGAAGCAAAUAAAAAAGAACCAAAGUUCAAAGCUACAUGAUGCAGUAGUUUAUGAAGCCCUGCUAGAUACUUCUGAACUUCUUUUAAAAUUUGUUGAAAAGUCUAGCUUUGCACAAAGAUUCUGGUGUGGAUCUCACAGAGCGUUCGAUAUGGAAGUGCGAAAUGUAAACGGAAAACUCGUUAUGCAUCUCCAACGGCCAUUGAAGUGUUCAGCGGUUGUAUGUUUUUGUUGUCCUUAUGAAAUGAAAGUUGAAGCUCCAGUAGGUGAACCAAUGGGUAGUAUUGUUCAAAAUUAUGGACGAUUCGGUCAUACAUUUUACCUGAAAGAUUGGAAUGAUAAUAUAAAUUUAGAUAUAAAAGGUCCUUGGUUUUCUUAUACCUGUUGUUUUGAUCUUAUUUUUAAGAUUUAUGCACAUGGACAUAAUAGAUCAAUUGGACGGAUAAUAUGUCGUCGAGAUCAAGAAAAUGAUAGUUUUCGUGUUGACUUCCCUUUAGACUUGGAUUAUCGUAUGAAACUUUUGCUUAUUUGUGCUGCAAUAUUUUUGGAUUUUGUAUACUUUGGGACUAAAUGAAUUCGCCUUGAAGUGUUACCUUUCUUUUUGCAUAGUUCUUUUCACAAAAUUCUAGCUCCCUUAAUCUUUGGACUUAAAACCGCACGAGAGAUGUUAAAAACUACCAUCAUUUACCUUGAACAUCAUGGAUGAAUAGUGUGAUUUAUUCAUUGAUUUAUUAUUAUCAGGAAAAAAAGAACUUACUUACGCCUGUUACUCCUCGUGGAGGAGCAUAUGCCGUACACCAGCACUCUCCAUCCAACCCUGUCCUGGGCAAUCCUUUCCAGUUGUUAUUCAUCCUUUUCAUAUUUAUUUCCAAUCCCCUCUACAAUGUGUUCUUUGAUCUUCUUCUUUUCCUGGAAAAAUAAAGAAACAAUUACAAAUAUUAUUCACUAUGAAUAUAAAUUAAAAUAGACUCAUUUGAGAUCAUGGAGAUUAAUAUGAAAAAGAAAAAAAAGAAAUCAAUUACAUUUGUACUCAUUUAUAUUAAAUUUUUUUUUCUUUGGUUUUAUUAAUCUAAUUUGAUGUUAAGAAUGAACAAAAGAACAUAAGAAGAGAUCCGAUAGAUGCAUUUUGAUCUUUUCUGUACUUUGUAUCUAUCUAUCUAUAUUUAUGUAAAUGUUUCUUGAUUUCAAUAAAUAACUCGGUGGUUGAUUAUGUACAAGUAUGUACACAUCCAUGUAUGUAUACAUUCAUAUAUAACAAGUGAAUACAUAAAUAUACAAUAUUUAGAGUAAAUACACAACAAAGAGAGACAGGAAUACAAAACAAUGACAAUUACAACAAUAUGAAAUAUUUCAAUGAUGAUCUUUUUCUUUUCUUCAUUUUUAACACACCAAUUCGAUAGUGAUUUUACAUGGAUUAUGUUGUAAAUUGUUUUUUUUAGUUUUUUAAAAAAAAACAAAGUUUUCUUCAGUUUCUUGUAACCAGGCUGAUUGUACACUGAAAAUACUCAACUGUUGUUACGUAAUUAUCAUUAUCAAAUAUGAUUGGUUAAUAUUGUUUUUUUUUGUUUUUUUCUCUUUUUUUAAAAAAAAAGUAAUUUUAUGAUGUUUGUUUCUAUGUUAAUGUUUUUUUUUUACAAUUUUUCGAAAAGUUCUGAGAAUGGUCAUAAAAUAAGUACUUUUUUUCAUGUACAGGUAAUUGAAAUCAAGUAGAAAGUUAAAUAAAUGAAGUCAUAAAUAACUUUUCAUUCAACUAUGGAAAAAUCAA